UAUUGUAUAAAUUAAGAAAAGCGUAUUGUUGUUUAAAAUACAUAUAUAUUUAUUCGUGUCAAACCGGAAUCAUGUUUAGUGAUUGAUUGUCCGGUCGGGAAUAUUUUGUGGUUACACCCGACGUCAAUUCGCCGGAGUGCUCAUCUGGGCUGAAUCCUAAACAGCUCUGUGCGCUCUACGUUAGUGCGCUACAUUGUAUAUGACGGCAAGGUUGAUACGCCCUACGUAGUGCACUAGUUAUAGAAAAACAAACGCAUUUGGGAUACGGUCCUUUUGCUUCGUUCUAUUUCAGAGCACUGCCUCCUGCAUCUCUCAGCAUCCUUUCAAAUUGAACUCGUUUCCAUUUUUAAACCCAAGCCAAUGGGUAAUAAAUUUAAUAAAUGUUAGAAUGUGAUUUUGUUCAGGCGGUGUUCAAAGGUUCCAUGCUCAAAUACAGUAAGUGGUACAAAUGAGUGCAAAUGUUAUGUUAUUACCUCAUAUAUGAACAGUCAUAUGGAUCACUUUUAUUCCUAAACAUCUUUUUUUUUUGGAUUAAAUGCAAUUAUUAUUAUUAGUAGUAUUAUAAUAUUUGGUUAUGUAUUCUACUAAUAUAUAAAUAUCCACACUUUUCUGAGCAUGCAUGUUGCAAUAUAAAUUAUUUAAUUUUUUUUACAGAUAAUUUGGCCAGAUCAGGCUGGAAGUGAGUGAGCGUCUCCUCAUGGGCAGCGUAUUGGCCUUGUCAUCUCGCCCUGGGCGUCAGAAUUCCCCUUUCCCCCAGGACAGACCCCUGUCGAGGUGGGACAAGAGGGAUGGAAGACUUCCAAACCCAGGCAGCUUUGACGGCCUUCAUCGUAGCUGCAAAGACGUGUUUCCACAGCAGGUUGAAGGCGUGAAAAUGGUCAUAAACAAAACCCUAAGCAGCUUUUUCAAGACUGUGCAGUCGCAGUUUGUCACGUGGCAGUUUGAGACCGAGUACCGAGGCAGCGACUUCACAGCCGCCAUCACCAUGGCCAACCCGGACAUCUUUAGAGAAUCUGUUAUCACGGUGGCGCACUUCCUCCAGAGCGUCUCUCCACAGCUGGUUCUUGGAGGAGAGUUGGUUUACCACCGAGGGCGAGCUGAAGAAGGCGGGAUCCUCACCCUCGCUGGACAAUACUCAGGUCCCAACUGGGUCGCCACGUUGAAUGCUGGUAAAGGAGGUGCCCAUGCCAGCUAUUAUCAUAGAGCCAACAAGCAGAUCCAGGUCGGAGUGGAGUUUGAGGCCAGCACUAGAACCCAGGAGACCAAGUUCUCUUUUGGCUACCAAAUGGAUUUACCUGAAGCCAACAUGGUCUUCAGAGGUAUGCUGGACAGCCGGUGUAUCAUCGGGGGCGUUCUGGAGAAGCGCCUGUGUCCUCUUCCGGCUACGCUAAUCAUGGGGGCCUUCGUCAACCACAGAGGAGACAAGCUGCAAGUCGGCCUCGGCGUGAACGUCGGCUAGAUGUCUAAAUGGAAAGUUCCAGAAGUAUCCUCAGGUCUGUCCAAAUGACUGGUUCAUCACAGCUCAAGGCUAACCAACAGAAAUAAUGAGCUCUGAGUCCAAACGGAGAAACACUUCCAUGUUGGUGCUGCCCUUCCUCAAACUACGACACGUCUGCCACCUCAAAAGACCUUUUUUGAUCCUAACCUCGACAGGAUAAUGACUGGAGAAGAGACCGACUAAUUACUAAAGACAUAUGCAGUUUUAAACAUGCAGCAUUAUCGUUUGAUUCAUUAUGCAUUCAUCUGCAAACCGCUGUGGUAGAAGAAGAUAAAAAAAAAAAAAAGCACUUCAGGACGUGCUGUUAUUUCCGACGUCGGUUCCUAGAACCGCACGUCCCUUUGUGUUUAUUCCGUACUUAUGCUAUUAUCACAAUUUCUGCGAACCUUAUCCAAUAGGCAGCAAAGCAAACUGAACCACUGUAAGUCUAGAGAGAUCCACAUGCAGGCAACAAGUACAGGGUACUUUUGAAUUGUUCAUGAUAUCGAUAUUGUGCUGAAUAUUGGAAUAUAUUGUACAACCAAUUAUCGGCACAUCCCCAUAUUGUACACUUGCACAUAUUUAUUUUUAUUCUGGCUCCUUUUCCUUUAAAUUAUGCACCAUUGGAAAUCUAGUAAAACA